GGCUUUUUGAUGAGAACAAGUGGAGCUAUUCUGAAAAAAGAUGUUGCUGUAUAUUGUGACAUGUUAGAAAUAUACUCAUGUGGACAUGUCAAUUUCUGAGAGAUCCUAUGUAAUGGUCUCUCCUGUUAUCGGUCAGGAGCUAACUGAACGCUCCCUAUUUUCUUUGUCGCUCACUAAUACUACAUUACCGCAGGACGCAGGUAAACAGCGCUCACCUCCCCAAUGGCCGGGCGAUAUCAGUGACUCACAGCUCUCUCCCUGCAGCACAAUAGCCAGAGAGAUAACAGCUUUCACACUUCUCAGAGUCGCUCGGAGAUUUCCACGGCCACCAUAAUGCUCCGCAAAUGCUUAUUCCUCCUUCUAAUCGCCCUUAUUUCAGACACCAUCCUGUCUGUGACAGUUACAAUCCCAGAGAAUGUGGUUGUGGGCAAAGCGGGGGCCAACGUCAUCCUGCCAUGCACAUACUCCACCACGGUGGGCAGUCAGUUUGUGGUGGAGUGGAAGUUCGCUCCUGGAAACACUCAGCCAACAAACGGCAAACAGAUUUAUUACUACUCAGGAGGGUCAACAUACAAGCCGGGAUCUCAGGCUGACAGACUAAGCAGUGUCCAGAAACAGCCAACCUCCGGAGUGGCAUCUAUCCAGUUGAGUAAUAUCGCCUGGUCAGAUAAUGGCUCCUACGUCUGCGAAGUGAACAACCCACCAGAUUUCAGCGGCACCGGCGCCGGCAUUGUACAGCUCUCGGUUCUGGUUCCUCCAUCAGCACCAACCUGUCAAAUGAAUGGGAAUGCUAUCACAGGGCAAGACGUUACUCUGACAUGUUCAUCUGUGGCCAACCCCCCAGCCAUUUAUACCUGGGCCUUUGAAGGUUCGAAGACCCCUUUACUGCCUGGAAUGAUGCUAAAUCAGGAGUCAGGAUCACUCCUUAUUACAAACGUAUCGCAGGCAUUGGAUGGGACUUACCGCUGCACGGCCUCCAAUGAGCUGGGCCAAAACACGUGCCAGAUUGGCGUAACUAUAUCAAGCGUUGCAGAGGCCGGAGCUAUAGCGGGUGCUGUGGUGGGCGUCCUCUUGGCGUUGCUCCUGAUCGCAGCCAUCGUCUUCUAUUUCCUCUGCUACAGAAAGAAGAGAAAGGACGUUCCAAAGCCCGACUAUCCUGGCAGCGACAUCAGAGAGGACGCCAUUUCUCCAAUGGUAACAGAGGAGCAAAGAAGGUCGGUUGUUACCAGUCAUUCUCGUGAAUCUCGGGGAAGACAUGACGACAACACAAUUGUGUAACACACAAGAAUAUGUAGUUCUGGACUUUUAUUUUAUUUUUGAGGAUACACCACCCCCCCCCCCCCAGCCACCCAUUACUUAACCUGCGCAGGAAAAAUCUUAGCAGUGGGCAGCACACCUACAUUCCAUAUAUGCCCAGUAUAAAUCCUACUGAGCAGCGGAAGGAUGGAACGGUCAUGUUUGCCUUUAUCUCCCCUGCUGGUGGCGCUGUUGCUAGUGUGUAAAAAUGUUAAGGCUGCAGUUAUGCUUUUAUUAAAAGAAGAUACUACAUGUAUUUUUUAAAGCAACUUGUCUAGGUACCCGAGUUGGACUAUCCUCUUGCAAUCCCUUGUAAAGCCCUCUCCCAUGCUCACCUUCAGGACUUCCCUAGAGCCUCCCCCAUCCUCUGGAACUCCCUACCCCAAUCUCUUUGAAUAUC